UUCAUAAAAUUGAAGAUAGUCCCAAAUCAGUCGGUCACACAUAUAUAUAGCUCCCCAAAUUAAAUAAACAAAAAACACUAAUUCGUGGCACAUCCCAAGACGCUUAAUUAGAUUGCGGAGACGAUAAGGAGACAAGCCGCCACCUUCAAAUAUCACCAUCACUGCGCACAAUGGCAAAUCUGAAAGAUGAUUUGGACCAAUACCUCCUGUUGCAAAGUGAACAAAAGAAAAAAUUCAAUGUGAAAGUGCCACAACUAAAGGUGCCCGAAAAGUUUGGCAAAAUAUUCAACCGCAACAAUGAGCCUGAGGCAAAUAGUUGGCUGAAGGAUACUCAAGACAGCUGCUGUCCCAAGCUGUCGCGACUGCAACGCAUUGUGGGUUUUGUGGCCUGCCUGGGCAUGGGCACCCUAUGUAUAACCAUCUCUUUGUUCUACAUUCCUAUGCUGCUGCUUAAGACUCGCAAAUUCUCAUUGCUCUACACACUGGGCAGCUUAUUCUUCAUUCUGAGCUUUUGUUUCCUUUCGGGAUUUUUGGCUUUCUUCAAGACUUUGUUCACCAAACAGCGCGCUUUGGUUUCAUCGACAUAUUUCAGCUGUAUGAUAGCCACAUUGUAUUGUGCGUUGUGGCUGCAAAGUACAGCCUUGACUGUUCUCUUUGCCCUAGCCCAAAUGAUUGCUUUGGCCUUUAUGGUAGUGGGCACAGUGCCGGGUGGAUCCACAGGCAUGAAAUUCUUUGGUUCCUUAUUUAAGAGUAGUGUAAGUUCUUCAUCUAGUUCCAGUGCAUUGCCGGUUUAGAGAGUUAAUGGACAUCGAAACAUCCAAAUUAAUGUGUAUUUGUAAAUAGCUUGUAGUGAUUUUUGAUUUGAUAUAUCUCAGAUAUUUUUUCUAAAAAAAACAAAGGCAAAUAAAUAUUGCGAUUUAUAAAAAAGAAAA